AUGGUAAAUGACUCAUUAAAAUAUGAAUCUGAACAGAUGAUGAAGGAUAAGAAGGAUGAAGAUGGUGAUUUGGUGACACCGUGGGAUGUUACAGCAUCAAGCAAGAAAGGCAUUGAUUAUGAUAAAUUGAUCGCAAAAUUUGGAUGUUAUAGAAUAACAGAAGAUUUGAUUAGUCGGUUUGAACGAAUUACUAACCAAAAAGCACACCCAAUGCUGCGACGUGGGCUAUUCUUUGCACAUCGUGAUUUGUCACUAAUUUUGGAUCGCUUGGAACAGAAAAAGCCAUUUUUCCUAUACACAGGUCGAGGUCCGAGUAGUGGUAGCCUACAUCUUGGACAUCUUAUCCCAUUCGUUUUUACAAAAUGGUUGCAGGAUGUGUUUGAUGUGCCUCUCAUCAUUCAGGUAACAGACGAUGAAAAAUUCCUUUGGAAAAAUCACACACUAGAUGAAAUCAAGCGUAUGGCAAAUGAGAAUAUUAAAGAUAUUAUUGCUUGUGGUUUUAGUCCUGACAAAACUUUCAUCUUUCUAGAUACUGAGUAUAUGUGUCCAUCCUUUUACACCAAUAUUUUGAAAAUAUGGAAACUUGUAACAGUUAAUCAAGCACGAUCAAUUUUUGGAUUUACCGGUGAAGAUUCAAUGGGUAAAGCAGCCUUUCCAUCAAUUGAGGCAGCUCCAUGCUUCAGCAGUAGUUUCCCUUUAAUAUUUGGGAAGCGUGAAGAUAUUCCAUGUAUUAUUCCAUGCGCAAUUGAUCAGGAUCCUUAUUUCCGGAUGUGUCGUGAUGUUGCGCCACGAUUGAAAUAUUUAAAGCCGGCAAUGAUAUACAGUUCGUUCUUACCAGCCUUACAAGGUGCGCAAAGCAAAAUGGCUGCGUCUGAUGCCACCACAUGUAUUUAUUUGGAUGAUACGCCUAAACAAAUAAAAAAUAAGAUCAAUAAGUACGCUUUUAGUGGUGGACGUGAUACAGUUGAGGAGCAUCGUAAAUAUGGUGGUAACUGUGAUGUUGAUAUUUCAUAUCAGUUCUUGCGAUAUUUCAUGGAGGAUGAUGAUGAAUUAGAAAGUAUACGUCAGCGUUAUGCAAACGGUGAAUUAUUAACUGGUGAACUUAAAGCAAUAGCCAUUAAAGAAGUGCAGCGGGUUAUGACAGAAUUACAGAAUCGGCGAAAAGAAGUGACCGACGAAGUAGUGAAAAGUUUUACUGUUCCACGAAAAUUAAAGUAUGAUUAUUGA